CUGCAGCAGACCUUCCCCGGCAUUGCUCUCAAACACAAACCCGACUCAGGAUGACCGAGUUCAGCGCAUCUGCCUUCACGCUUGUGAUCUGCGCGGCCGCUCUGCUGUCCAGCGCUGAGGGCAUCCCCAGACCCUUGCAUCUACGCUGCGAGUGCAUCAAGACGCAUUCGGAGCCAACGGUGCCGACCAACAGAAUACUGUCUCUGAGGGUGAUUCCCGCUGGGCCGCACUGCAAAAACGAGGAGAUCAUCGCCAGGAUGAAGAAAGGAAGCAUGUGUCUGGAUCCGGCAAAAGCCUGGGUGAUUUCUCUCAAAGAAAAAUUCAACAACAGAAGCGUCAACCAUUUAAAGAGCAACUGAAGACAACUGGUUCAGCUAUUAUUGUAAUAUAGAAUUUUUUAUUUUGUCGUCUCUGGUUUAUAAAUGAAGUAUCGAAUGUGAAGCUGCGCCUUUUCUACCACCUGUUUUAUGAAACUUUACUGUAACCUAGCCUGACCUUCAUCGUAUUUUUUUAUUAAAUUAUAUUUAUUGUU